ACGCCUCUGAUAGCCCCCGCGUGCGUAAACCGCGUGCCCUGGGCCGCUCCGUGCUGUAGGACGCGUGCGCAAGUCACUGUUCUCGCUCCCGUUUUACGCAGGGGAGCCGCAGGAGGGGUCCUCGCGCACGCGAUGUUUGGGUUUGAAAAACGGAGUUGAGAGUAACUGGACGACAGCAGCGCGAGGAGAGUCAGCCAGCCAGCCAUGGAGCAAAGCGCAGUGCUCGAGACCAUGGGAGAGACGCUCGCGGGCAAGAGGGACAUCUCCCACCGGGUGUUUGUCAACAAAUCCGUGACUCUGGAGAACAUCAAGUGUUAUGGCUUCGACAUGGACUACACACUUGCUAUUUACAAAUCUCCUGAAUAUGAGGGGCUGGGCUUUGAAAUGCUGCGGGACAGGCUGGUGUCCAUUGGAUAUCCACACGAGCUGCUCCGCUACUCAUAUGACCCCAACUUCCCUACACGUGGUUUGUUGUACGACUCUACUUACGGCAACCUGCUGAAGGUGGACGCACACGGAAACAUCCUGGUGUGCUCACACGGCUUCAUCUAUCUGACAGGAGGGGAGAUCCAGGAGUAUUAUCCCAACAGAUUCAUCCAGAGAGACGACACAGAACGAUUCUACAUCCUCAACACACUCUUCAACCUCUCAGAAACCUACCUGUACGCUUGCCUUGUGGACUUCUUCACCAGCAGUACUCGAUACCAGAACUGCAGUCAAGGCUUUAAGCAUGGAGACCUUUUCAUGUCAUUCAAAAGUAUGUUUCAGGAUGUGCGAGAUGCCAUGAACUACCUUCAUGACACAGGCAGCCUAAAGGAGCGAACGCUGAAGAAUCUGGAGAAAUAUGUGAUCAGAGAUCCUCGGAUUCCUGAGCUGCUAAGCCGGAUAAAGAACGUCGCAAAAGUGUUCCUGGCAACCAACAGUGACUACAACUACACUGAGGCCAUCAUGAAAUACUUAUUAGAUUCUCCAUCUGGUUCUAAGAACCCGAGGAAAUCAUGGCGCUCCUACUUUGACCUGGUGGUAGUGGACACCCGGAAGCCGCUGUUUUUUGCUGAGGGGACAGUGUUAAGACAGGUGGACACGAACACAGGGAAGCUGAGGAUAGGAACCUACACUGGAGACCUGCAGCAUGGAACGGUCUACUCUGGAGGUUCGUCAGACAUCAUCUGUGACUUGCUGGACGUGAGGGGGAAAGAAAUUCUCUACGUUGGAGACCACAUAUUUGGGGACAUCCUCAAGUCCAAAAAGCGCCAGGGCUGGAAAACCUUUUUGGUGGUGCCUGAGCUCGCCAAGGAGCUCCAAGUGUGGACGGAAAAAUUUAGUAUGUUUGAGGAGCUCAGGCAGCUCGAUAUUUACCUGGCUGAGCUGCAUAAGCAUUUGGACAGUGGUAUUGUUAGUGGUCCAGAUAUUGGUUUGAUCCACAGUAAGAUUAAGAAGAUGACGUACACUAUGGAUCUGUGUUAUGGAAAGAUGGGGAGUCUCCUGCGUUAUGGUUCAAUAAAAACUCUCUUUGCCAGUCAGCUGCUUCGUUAUGCUGACCUGUACGCCGCAUCCUGCCUCAACUUGCUGCACUAUCCCAUCACCUACCUCUUCAGAGCUCCCUCUGUCCUGAUGCCUCAUGAAUCUGCUAUAAGCCCUCAACACAGCCAGGAGCUGCCCAUCUCCAACCUGUCACCCAAUCACACCCACAGAAUCACAUCACUUCAGAGGCUGUGUCAGUGUGACAGUGAUAACUGUGGGCAGGACAAUUGCGCGCAGGACAACGCAGCCAUAAGGAUGGAGACAUGAGAGCGAAAAAAAGAAAAAUAGGGAAAGUGAGAGUGAGAGAGAGAGAGAGCGAUUUCCUUUGUAUUUCUGUAAAUGUAAACUCUUUUUUUUCUCAGUUGUCUUUAUCAACUGCUCAGGCCAGGGAACCCAAGCAAUAGCAGCUCUUACCCUCUGCAUUUUCCUAUGUAUUAAAGAAGGUACUUCACCAAAAAUGCUAAUGCUGCUAACAAUCAAUGUAAAAAAGGUCAAAACUUUGAACUGACUCACUGAACACUGUUGUUAUCAUUGAUUAUCAGCAUUAGUGGGUGAACUACCUUUAAGUGUUGUAAGUCAUGUCCUAGGUGCUUUUUUUGCUUUUGAACUUUUAUUUAGUUACUAGUUACUUAUUUUCUUUACUUACUAGUUAUCAAUCAUCACUCUAGUGAAAGUUUCUUCUUUCUACAGUAAAUAUUCUACAGUAGAUGUGGUCAAUAUGGCAAAAACUUUAUAAAAAAUAUAUCAAAUAUCAAUAUGAUCAUGUUUAGUUUUUCUGAGAUUUUUGGAACAGACAAUAUACAGUCUGUAGUGCAUAUAAAAAUAGUAUACUACUACUACCACUCCUCAUUAUUAUUAUUAUUAUUAUUAUUAUUAUAAUAACAACAACAACAACAAAAUAUCUACAACUACAAUUAUUUUUAAAUCUAUUGAAUAAAUCUAAAUAAACAGGACUAAGUAACCUCAUUAAGUAAUGAAACAUGUAGUUGGCUGGUGUUGUUUCAUGUGAUAUGCCAUAAAAUGUCAUAAUGUUGCCCACCCCAUUCUACACCCACAGUGUGAGGUGUAUAAAAAAUAGAAAUACAGUUCACAUCUGCAGCUAUACAGGUCUGCUUAGCAGAAAUUGCUCAAAAGAGUAAUUUAAUAACCAUAAUAACAGACAGUACAUUUAGUUUAGAUACCUAAAUAAUAAGGCAAGUACUUUUGUUAUUUUACUCGCAUAUAAAUAGAAAAUAACACUUAUACUAAAGUUACAUUCAGUGGUGAGCUGUGCCUGAGGGCCAGGCUCUUCAGUUCAGUCCAUAUAUAACAGAUCUUAGCCAAAAAAAUUACCAUACUACCAUAAUCCUGAUUUCUCCUAGAAUCCCUACAAGGUUUCUAAUAGUAUGUUAGUGCUAAGAUAACGGUCAUACUUAACACAUUUAGGCUGUUCUAGGUUAAAUGCAGGUAUUUGAAUGCUUUAUUUGAGACUUGUAUCAUACCUUAACAUACAUUUCACCUUGUAAUUACAGGUUUUGCAUUAGUUAUUUAAAUAAAGAAAUACAUUCUGCCAGUUUUUCAUAAUUUCUGCAUGAUUGAGUAGUUGAGAUAUAAUCUUUAAGCAGUCUGUUUUGGGUCAGUAGCGGUGAUAAGAACCAGUUUCCUCAUGACUACAGUACAAAUCUAGCCUUUUUAUUUACUUUCCAGAAUGACCAGUGAAACUACACGUGUCAUAAGUUUUCUAUGUAAUGUUGAUCAUGUUCAAUAAACGCAAAAUACAUUUUGUUUUCAGUUCUAUUUUGCCUUACAAGCCCCUGCAUGUAUCCCUCCUGCAUGAAUAAAUAUAAAAAACGUUUGAGGCCAAAAACUUCAAAACUAUCAGAAAACAAUGUGUCAGACAUCAGGCAGUGUAUACAUAACCACUUCAUGUAAUAACUGUCUGUGAGGGAGCUUUUAGAGGUGGACGUCUGGUUCCUAUCACCACCACUGUGAACAAUUCUGACUUAAGUUUCUCUACAACAGAGCAUUUCACACAAAACCAAUCUGAAUGACUCUGUUUACAUCUUAACCAUUUAUUUAUGCAGAAAUAUAGUUUAAAUACAACAAGCAUGACGAUAUAGUAAAAAUGCAGACUUUUUAGUUCCUAGAAAUCAUAAACCUCCUCUGAAGAUGUACAAGACCCAGAGGAUUCUGGAGAGUAUUUCACCUCAAGCUUUUCUACUUUUUUCUACUUUGUUCACCACUCUUUGUGAAUAUGCCUGUAGGUUAUUAAGACAGCAUUCUUCAGCUCCAGGCUGAGAAGAGCAUAUUAGGAGCGUGAAAACACAUCGAUCUGGAGGUCUUGAUUCAACUACAUUCAUUUUGGAAAGUUAAAAUCAAUUACAGUAAUGUUCAAUCAAAUUUCUGCACACUUUAUUUUGGCCAGACUGUUUUUCAAAUCGAGUCUUAUAUAAAGGUUUGACCACCCCAUGCAUAUUUCUUGUUUGUUGAUCUUUGAAACUAAUUGAAAUAAAAUAAAUAUAAAUAAAUUGCGUUUAGCAAAAAAAAGUGCCUAUUGAAGCUUGUUCUCUGUAAACUCUGUUAACUCACUUUCACUAAGAAAAUCAACAAAACAUGGAAUUCGACCAGGGAUACACAAACUUUUGUGUACACCUCUAUGUGAAAAGGGUCAGUGUGGUGUUUGUACUGUCCAUGUACGCCACUGCUGUGUAAACAGUUCCUCCUGUCACAUUUGUGUAUUCAGUGUAUUUUUUUUUAAAAGUCUGAAUUUUAUCACUUUUAUCAUUUACCUUUAGCUACUCACAAAUUCAUCUGUUUCAACAACAGACAUCAACUGUCUACAAUGUUUAUGCUAUUAGUUUAUAUUGUGCAUAUCUGCUUUAUUUGUAAUGCUUAUCAGAUAUUUGUCAUAUUUUACAUUUGAUUAACUCUAUAUCUAUCUGCGUCUGUGUGUGUGUAUAUAUAUAUAUAUAUACAUUAGUGAGAAAAGAGGAUUAGGCUGGUCUUGGGCUUGGCCAGAUUUAGUGCUCUGAAAUCCACAGAACUGGUUCUUUCAGCUUUCUGCAUUCUUUUCUUUCUUACCUUAUAUGGUGAUACAGGCCAGUCAGGUGUAGGCAGUGUUUGGACUUUUCUAAAAGUAGGUAAACUUUAACUUUUUUUUUAACUUUUUCUUUUUUAAAGCUGUUCUUUAUAGUCUUCCUGGUAAAACUGAAAUUGUUUUUCUGAAGAUUUGUAUCUUUUAUAUAACUAAUAAAAAUCUUAAAAUGUCA